GAACCACGUCACGAGUUGGUGCUGCUACGUAAACUAGGCAAAAGAAAUACCCACGAUGCACCACCAGUACCGAAAGGGUUGCCAACCUAGGUUGGCUGGGCAUUAUCUGUGAUUCGCCCGCGAGAAGGUGCCCAGUGGGCAGGCUGAGGUUGGCAACCCUUUGGACACUGGUGCACUGGGGCUUUUGGCAACACUGCAACGAGUCCGCCUGGCUGGCUCUGACUCUCGCAGGAGCAGGGUCUCUGGCUCCAACACGGGGACAACGGCAUCGACAGCAUCAGUGGCAUCGGAGAAACUUGGCGCCUGGGGCCGUGGAAGCGUCAAGCCGCGCCAAGCGGAUGGUGUCCCGCCUGUUUCUGGCUCACGGCGAGCUGUGCGCCUCGCACCCCUGGGAGGUGAUCGUGGCCACGCUGACGCUCACCUUGUGCAUGCUGACGGUGGACCGGCAGGCGCACGCCGCGGCCGGCAGCACUGGGGCGGCCGCCGGCCAGCUGCACCUCCAGGAGAACUGCAACGCCUACUGGAGGAAGAGCUGCCAGGACGGCGAGGAGUACAAUGCAAUCGAUGUGAUUGUUAUGACCCUGAUACGCUGUGUGGCCGUAUUGUACAGCUACUACCAAUUCCGAAAUUUGAAAAAGCUAGGAUCCAAGUACAUCCUGGGAAUCGCUGGACUUUUCACAGUUUUUUCCAGCUUUGUGUUCAGCUCAAGUGUCAUAAACUUCAUGCGAAGUGACAUUUCAGAUUUUAAGGAUGCUCUCUUUUUCUUCCUUUUGCUGAUUGACUUGUCAAAAACGUCCCUACUUGCCCAGUAUGCUUUGAGCUCAUCCACUCAGGAGGAAGUGAGGCACAACAUUGCUAGGGGCCUUGCUCUCUUGGGACCCACCAUCACACUUGACACCAUUGUUGAAACACUUGUAAUUGGUGUUGGCACAUUAUCAGGUGUUCGACGUCUGGAAGUCCUCUGCUGUUUUGGCUGUAUGUCAGUCAUCGUUAAUUACAUAGUCUUCAUGACUUUUUAUCCAGCAUGUCUAAGUUUGAUUUUGGAGCUUUCUAGAUCGGCUGGUGUUGAGAGGCCGGCAUGGGACAUGAAGGGCGCUCUGUCACAUGAAGAGGACCAGAAGCCCAACCCUGUCGUUCAGCGAGUCAAAGUCAUUAUGGCUGCUGGUUUGAUGAUGGUGCAUGCACACAGUCGGUGGACAUUGAGUGAAGCUGACGUGCAUCCUGUGGAUCCGCUAGUUUCUGCUGAGCGCAUUCUCAACCACAAUAGCACUGAUGAUGGUGCCCUGCACAACUAUUUCAUGAAAUGGUUGACUGUCAGUGCUGAUCAGAUUGUGGUUUUGAUUCUGCUUCUUGCUUUAGCUGUGAAAUUUGUAUUGUUUGAAAACCGUGAAGAUCCACUUAUUCCAUCAGACAAAAUGGCUUCUUCUGGUGAUUCUAAAGAUGAAGGUCGACGUGUUGUUUGGAUCAGGGAGGAUUCAGAUGAAAAUUUAACAGAGGAUAAGGAGGUCCAAACAGAGCUUGAAGCAAGUGUUGCACCUAAUAUACCUGUCAUAGUGACGCCAUCGAGCCAGUAUUCAGCCAAAGUCCCUGAGGAGAAUAAUACUCCUCCAAAGCAAGAAGGACCCCUUAGAUCAAUGGAGGAAUGUAUUGAGAUAGCUAGAAAGGGGGAGACUAGCACUCUAACAGAUGAUGAAAUUACGGCACUUGUGUUUGCCAACCACCUUCCAGCUUACACGAUUGAGAAAGAAGUUGACAACCCGGAGCGUGGAGUUGGAAUUCGCAGAAUGGUCCUUGCAAAGAUAGCCAAGCUAGACAAACCUCUGAGUCAGCUGCCUUAUCGCAACUACGAUUAUCAAUAUGUCAUGGGAGCUUGCUGUGAAAAUGUGAUUGGCUACAUGCCAGUGCCUGUCGGCUAUGCUGGCCCCCUAAAUCUUGAUGGGGAACACCUUUUUAUUCCACUUGCGACUUCGGAAGGGUGCUUAGUUGCCAGCACCAACCGAGGUGCUCGGGCACUCUUAGGCUGCGGCAUCAAGUCGAAAGUUACUUCAGAUGGCAUGACUCGAGCUCCUGUCGUGCGUCUACCUAACUUGGACCGGGCAUCUGAAGUUAUGCAAUGGAUCAAAAAUAAAGAUAACUUUGAAAUUUUGAGGGAACGAUUUGAUAAAAGCAGCCGCUUUGCUCGCUUGCAAUCUAUUCAAGUGAAACCAGCGGGCCGCCUCUUAUUCCUUAGGUUUGCUGCAUUCACAGGCGAUGCCAUGGGCAUGAACAUGCUUUCAAAGGGAACCGAAUUCGCCCUUCAUGCAGCAAAGGAACAUUUCCCAGAUAUGGAAGUCCUUAGUCUCUCUGGGAAUUACUGUACAGACAAGAAACCAGCCGCUGUCAACUGGAUUGAAGGAAGAGGCAAGAGUGUUGUCUGUGAGGCAAUUGUUCCCUCUAAAAUUGUGAGGGAUGUAUUGAAAACAUCAGUUCCCGCUCUAGUUGAUGUUAACAUCAACAAGAACCUUGUUGGAUCAGCUAUUGCUGGAUCCAUCGGUGGAUACAACGCGCAUGCGGCCAAUCUAGUCACUGCAAUUUACAUUGCCACGGGUCAGGACCCAGCACAAAAUAUUGGCAGUAGUAACUGCAUAACACUCAUGGAGCCCUAUGGCCCAGAUGGUGACGACCUGUACAUCUCUUGCACAAUGCCAAGUAUUGAAGUUGGCACUGUAGGUGGUGGAACGGUUCUACCACCGCAAGCUUCCUGCCUUGAAAUGCUUGGAGUCAAAGGACCAAACCAGACUCCAGGUGAAAAUGCAAGAAAACUCGCCCGCAUUGUGUGUGCAACAGUUUUGGCUGGAGAGUUAUCUCUCAUGUCAGCACUUACUGCUGGUCACCUGGUCAAAAGUCAUCUCCGACAUAACAGGUCUACCACAUGCUCCGGCCCCAUGCAGUCAUCUCCAAUGAUGCCUCAAUUCUUAACUCAGUCUGCUCCGUCAACACCUGCUUUCAAGGUUCGACAGUGCAGUCCCCCAUGAAGAGAAGUGCUUUUGUUUGAACCUGGAUUUUUGGACCAAUAUUCUUUCUUGUCAUGGAUUAUUUAUGCAUACUGUAAUUGUUUGUUUCUCUUCACAUUGUCAUGUGGAAUUUGUGAGUAUGCAUAAGACCCUUUCUCUUAAAAUCCUGUUGGAAAAGCACUUUCUUUUGUUUCUUAACUGGUGUACAAAUUUUGGGAGAGGAAACUAGAAAAUCUUUUCCAUGUAAUUUAUUUAAUUUUACUGAUGUUGGUUAGUGUCUAGAAUGGAGAGCUACUGAAUUCUAUUAUUCUUGCCUUCACCAGCAUUAUUUUUAAAUUUUCUCUUGAUAUUGUAUUUAAUUUUAUUUUAGCCACAUUUGUGUCUUCUGUCUAACUACUGAAAGCUAGGACAAUCAAUUACUAAGAAUCCAAAGUAACCAUCAUUUGUGUCUAUUCUGUAUGCUUCUAAAUGGUAAAUGUUAUGUCUUUUUUUUUUUUUUCAAAUAUUUUACAAGACAAGAAAAUGCUGCCGCCAAACCAAACACACCUGGUGUGCCAUUGAAGGUGGAGGAAGGGAAUAGAGGGAGCAUGUAACAAGUUUGAUGACACCGCCAAAAACGCUCUGUAUGACAAGAAUUUAUCCUGAUUUGUUAUCAGUUGAAUUAGACUGCAGUAUGAUUUAUCAUGCUAAUGAAGUGUAGCCUGUCUCUAUUCUUCCAUAGACAAUAAGCUAGUUUUGUAUAAUUUUAGUGAACAUCAUUAGGAGUGGCAGUUAAAGAAAUUGUGGGUUGUUUUAAGCUGGUGCUUAAGAAUUUCCAAGUGUCUAUUGCUAAUUUUAAAUACUUGAAUCUGCAAAUGUGUCAAUUUUGUAGCGCUGCAAGACUUAUUUUGAAAAGUACUUGUCGUGAGAGUCCAUGUGAGGUCCUUAAUGUUAAAUCCCAUUUUAGUAUUAAGCCAGUGCAAGCAUAAGAUAUUGAAAGAAGUUGUACAAAGGAGGGCAGGCAUAGUUACCAGUAGUGGUUCAUCUAGUUUUGUUUUACUAUUGGCCGUAGGGUGGAUUUUUAAUGAAGUGCUUUAGGUGUGCAUGUUGGCCGAAUGAUGGUGCAGAUUACAGGUCUGCUGCUCCUGGCUACUGCUGGCCUCUGGCGCUGCUCGCCUUUGCAUGUGCCGUCUGCCUUACCGUUCCGUUCCUAGUUUUUGUUUUGGAAGACGAAGACGAAGGGGGUGCCGUGCCGGUCCGGUCGGCGCCCCCUAAAAGCCACAUAGUACAUAGUGCCAGUUGUCAAGCCAGGGCAAAGUGAGAUUCAAGACUUUUUAUCUUCUGGGAUGUUUAACGAUUAGACUGUUAUUGUAAUCAGUGUACAUACAGCUCCUGACACAAAUUAAAACAAGGUCCCUUUGCGUUUUGUGUGCCAUUUGUGGUUUAGGUACUUUAAGCUAUGUCUAAGGCCUGGAGUUAAUUCUAUGUUAAAAGCUAUUUAUUUUUUAUGUAAGCUGGAAGCAUCAAACCUGCUAUGUGAUAUACUCAUGUGGUUUCAUCUUUAGUCAUGUUGCCAACUGCACAACAUUGCAUUUGUUAUACAAAUUAGCACAGAUGCAUUAGAAUUAGAAAUUUGAGGUCAUACUAACACCAUUAAGUUGUUGUGUGCUACAAGAUUCGCUUUCCUUAAAGCAUUGUACAUAAUUCUAGCUUGACAUUCCAUCAUUAAGAUUCUAGAAUGGAUUCAUUUGCUAAAGAUACAUACGUUAUUUUAUGACUUUGUUUUGGAACAUCAAUACAGAAAUUGAUUUGCUUAUGUGGAUAGUUCAUAUAUUCUUGAAACAAGUUACCUACUUCAAUUAAUCUCUCUACUGAUUGUAUGUUAUUUUACAGUGACCUGGCUUCCAAAUUCAAUGGAGCCACUAAUACAUUUUAUGAAUUAAUGGUCCCGAAAUGGUCUUCAUUUUCAGCUUUGUAAAUUGUUCAAUCACCUUUUUUGAUCCUAGUUUAAUGUACCAUUGUUGUGUGUUGUUGGUGAUAUAUGGUAAAAGAUGCAGAAAGAAUUUUCAAGUGAUAAUUUUCAUGUACUUAUAUCAGAUUAUGUGUAUAGCUCUUUUUCAUUGAAUGAUGUGGUUUUGAUUGCAUUGGCAACAUGGACAAAAUGUAUUGAAAAUACAUAGGGUGACAUUGUUUUCUGUUGUGUGCUAGUUUGUGCAUGUGUGCUGCUUUCGUUUUUGUUUUCUUUGCAAGGAUAUAAAGUACCUGCAAAAUCAAAUAGGAUAGUUAGAUUAGACUUUGGUAUUGUGAGGUGAUGUGUGAUGUCAGCCUUGUUAAGUAUUGUUCAAGACUGCAUCUGCACUGUUACAACAUACAGCAAUAGAGUAUCCUAAUUCUUUCA